AUCUCAGUUUAGAGGGAAUUUGGUGAAUCGCCAUGAGCAAACAAGCUGUUGACAUAUCGGAACAAAAAGACUCGAGACGGGUCCCAAAACCCCUCAUGGAGAAAAGGAGGAGAGAUCGCAUUAAUCAAAGCCUAGAAACUUUGAGGAUGCUAUUAUUCGAGAAUACACACAAUGAGAAGCUAAAAAACCCUAAAGUGGAAAAGGCUGAAAUCCUGGAAAGUGUUGUCCACUUCCUAAGAGCUGAACAGGAAUCAGGGAAUGGUCCUUUUCAAAUCACUCGAGGAAAAAGGGCACACACAGAGGAGUAUGAUGAGGACCUGAGUUCACCUCGCAAACGUCAGAGCUACAGUAAUGGAAUGAGGACAUGUCUCUUGCGAGUCAGCCAUUUUAUUGCUAGCAAGAGCCAUGAGUAUGGGCAGGAAGUGGAAAAAACAUGUGGAAACCUUCACAAAUCACAUCCAAUGCUACUUUCUGCACCACCCCACAUAGAGACUCAGGUGCAUCUCUAUGAGGAUCCAUCACUACCAGCACAGCAACACCUCGCUCAUGCCCAACUGAGCAGUUCUUGCACAUCGUCUGACUGUGCAAAGCUUGCACAAAGAACUGUCCUGUCUGCUCCCAGCAUGACUUCAAGUCCUAAGCAACCUGUUAUGCUCUGUGCCUCCAUCUGGAGACCUUGGUAGAAGGUCAUGUCCUAAGUUCCUGCAUAGCUCCCCAAAGACUGCUGGAACAGCAGAACAAUUCAUCUCUGAUGAUUCAGCAGUGUGGGAACAACUCCUGGACAAUAGAUUAUGUGAAUUGUGUAAAUUUUCAGCAUGUGUAAAUAUGUGGAUUUUGUACAGUAGAUGCCAAAGAUUUAUUUUGUUAUAAAAAGGCAUUGAGAAAUCUGUGCCUGGAUAGUGUGUUUGGUGAUCUUACUGCCAAACAAAGAAGAUACACACACUUGUGUUGAGAUGUAUAUAUUUAGUUCAAAUGUUGAUGCCUUUUAAGACUUUUAUAUCAACUGAAUUUUAUUUCAAAACUUUUAUGAAAUCCAUUUUUGACUGAGGAAAUGUACUUAAUGAGGUGGAUGUUUCAAGAGUUUUGUUAUUUUGUAAACGUAUGUGCCAAGAAACUGUUGGAAACUUGUGGAAACUCUUGCAGAAUUUAAAGUCGUUUUUAUUUUAUUUUUUAUUUUUUGGUAAUUGUUGUAAUUGCCAUACAUUUGUUUUUCUAUAGACUGUUGAAAAUGUUAAUUUCAUUACUUUGAGUGAGAGAUUCUGUCUUAGCAAGCUUUUUGUUUGCUGUUAUUUUUCUUUUCCACAGAAAGUGAAGGAUUUUACUUGGAACAAAGAAUUAAACC